AUGGCACGCGCACCUGCCGGCAAAUCCACCCGGCCAAGCUCGACUCGCGCCGCAUCGACCGCCGCGGCAGCCGCCCUGCAAGACCUCGCCGCAUCGUCCCAGCCGAAGCCGAAGCCGAAGCCGCCCAAGAGUCCGAAGAAGAAGACUGUUGCGAAGCCGCUCGCGCAGGACGAGCAGGACUGGGCGAGGGAAAUGCUGAGAAAGAAGAUGGCGGCAUUCACGGGAGGGGCGGCGGCACCCGCACCUGCGCCCGCCCCGGCAGCUGCUCCUAAGCCACUCAAAGCGGACGCAAGCACGAGCAUGGAGAAGGCUGGCAAGAAGCCGAAAGACGAGGGCAAGGAGGAGGAGAAGGAGGGCAAGAAGGAGAAGAGCAAGAAGAAGAAGCUAGUCGCGCCGCGUACGGUCGACGUCGACGCAGAGCUAUCCGACGACGACGAGCCGCCGAAGAAGAAGGCGAAAAGCAAGGGCAAGGAGAAGGAGAAGGCCGUCGCGCCCGAAACGCCUGCCGCCAAGCCGUCCAAGAAGGCGCCGUCCUCUGUCGCCGUCGUCAUUCCCGCCAAGUCAACCACGAAGGCGCCGCCAGCCACUCCCGCCCGCGAUCCUGUCCCCGCCCACAUUUCCUCUCCCGCAAUCGAGAUCGAGUCGAAGAAGGCUCGUCGCAAGCAGAAGAAGGCGGAGAAGGCUGAAAAGGCCGCUCCUGCGCCCGAGCCCGCGCAGCCUGAACCGGCGGCGUCGCAGGCGGCUAGCGAAGUCGACCCCGCCGAGAAGGAGCGCAAGAGGAAGGAGCGCAAGGAGAAGAAGAAGGCGAAGAAGGCGGAGGAGAAGAAGAGCAAGGAGGCGGAGGAGAGCCAGCAGGCCGAGCAGGCGGAGCCACCGGUGAAGAAGAAGGACAAGGGCAAGGGAAAAGCAGUCGCGGCGCCGCCUCCUGCUUCACCUGUCAAGAAGGCUGCUACGCCCGCUGCCUCCGCCGCAUCGAAGAAGCGCAAGCGUGCCGAGUCACCUGCUCCGAGCGAGGCCGGUCCUUCGCGCGCCGCCCCUGCGGCGAACCGCGCGAAGACGCAAAACGCGACCAGCGACCGCAAGCACAAGAAGCGCAAGGUCGACGCGGCUGCAGCAGUCGCCACGCAGACGACGACUGAGGUUAUCCUCCACGCGACUUCGCCCGCCGCUCUCGCUGCCGCCAAGACGGCUUCUCCACUCGGACCAAUCCUUCCGAUGGCUCUCGCGCCCUUCAUGAUGCCCCACGCCUACGACGAGCAGCAGAACAAGGCGCUCGUCGAGCAGAUCGUGCAGAACUUUGUCAACGCUGGCUACGGCGAGCAGGUCGACAAGGCGAUGCGGGGUGUCAAGCGGACGCACACGGGAGAGGAAAGGCAGGCGCGCGUCGCACCGAUAACGGACGCAAACGCUGUCGCCGGACCUUCUGGCACCUCCACAUCGGCUCGCACGCCCGCUCAACCCGCUGCGAAGGACACUCCGCCCUCCGCGCCGGUCUCGUCGCCUAUCCGUACCGUCAAGCCGCCUCCCUCGUCAGCCCCUCAGCCCACGCCUAAGCAGCAGCGCGUUGAAACGCCCGCCUCAACCCGCUCGUCCUCUCCCGCUCCGUCGACACUCGGUCUCUCGCUGAAUGGUAACAGCAACGGCUCGGAUGGCAGCAAGAAGCGUCGCGUCAGGCCGAGUAAGGCUGCUCGCAAGGUGAUGAGCCAGGCCUCGCAAAGCCAACCGAACACGGACGUCGAGGAAGGCAGCAGCGUCAGGCAGGCGGCGGCUGUCAAGGCUGCUGUCGAGGCGGUCAAGCGGGCUGAGCCGAUCAUCGCGUCGGCAGCGGAGGACACGCAAGUCGUGCCGGAGACGAUGGACGUCGAGAGCCGCGAGCCGUCGACGCAGCCGGACGAGGAGGACCAGCUCGACGCCACGCCUCGCCCGGCUGCGCAAAAGGAGGAGGACGUCAUGGAUAUCGACGUCCAGGAGGUCGAGCCCACGCCUGUGCAAAAGCAGGCGCAUGCGGAGCCUAAGCAGGUCGAGGCGGAAGAGCAAGUCGAGUCUGACGAAGAACUCGACGAGCUCGAUUCGACGCCAGCUCAGUCGGUGACGCAUCAGCAGCAGCAGCGCUCAAACCCUGCCGUCUCCCGCGUCGUCGAAAGCGAUAGCCGUGCGGUCACGCCCUCGACUUCGGAGGAUGAUGACGAGGAGGUUCAGCUCAGCCUCAAGGCGCAUGCCUCGCCUGCCUCAGCGAAGAAGAAGGCCGAAGACCUGCCGGUUGAACCCGAGGAGGCGCCUCUUCCACCAGCUGCGCAGACUCCUUCGCGCAAUGCUCAGGAGGAGAAGGAGGACGAGCAAAAGCUGUCCCACGCCGCCAACACCCGCCUCCCCUCGUCAUCGCCCGAGCCAGCACUCCCCACGAUUGGUGGCAAGCGCAACGACAAGGACUCGGACGAGUCGUCGUCGUCGUCCUCCGAGGAAGAGUCGGAUGAAUCGUCUGAUGACGAGGCUGGCGGGUCGUCUUCGCUCCUCACGCGCAACGCCGCUCACUUGCGGAACGGCGGAGGCGGUCGCCCUUCCCUGAGCCUGCUUGCGAAGGAGGCGUUCAGCAAGCCGAAGAAGCGCGGCUCGCUGCUCGGCGGAGCGAACGGCAUCAACAAGGUCCUCGCUUCGUCCACUCUCGGGUAUGCGGGCAGUCCGCUCAAGCACUCGCCUCUCAACGCCGCUUCGUCGUCACCGGCUCGCACCGACGCCAAUGGCGAAGCGCAGGAGGACGAGGAGGAGAUUGACCAGCUCCUGAGUCAGACUCAGCCGAGUCAGCGCCCGAAGCGCACCAGCGAUGCGUACUGGGCACAGCUCGAGCGCGAAGAAGAGGAGAAGAAGAAGCGCAAGGGGAAGGGCAAGCAGGACGAGACGUCGGACGACGAUGUCGAGGACAGGAUGGAAGUCGACGCCGAUACGGCUCCCAUCGCUUCAACCGGCCAGACUCCUGCUGACGUCGCCGAGCCCGCGGAGGCCGACGCUGCGGAGACAGCCGCCGCCGUCAAUGGUGCCCCCGCGACUGGCGAACCGGUCUUUGCGAACGCUUCCGGCCGGGCCCCUCGCCCAUCCGCCAACACUGCGGGCGCUCCGCCCAUCACGACUGCCGUCGAACCCGACGCAGCCCUUUCCCCGCCCCGCCGUCGCAUCUCGCCGGACCCCCAGCCUCUUCCCAAUGUCACCGCCGUCGCUUCCACGUCCUUCCUCUCGCCGACGCAGGCCUCGCAGCGCCCGCCCGACCGCAUCUAUCCCGACUUGUCGUCCAUCGGCAACUUGCCGACCAGCAGCCAGGCUGGCUCGCCGCCGAUCGAGGUUGACGAUCCCUCCCAGGUGUUCAGUGGGGAGGACCGUCCUGUCGUUGGCGAUGAAGACGACGACGACGAAGAGGAGGAGGACGCGCAGCAAGCGCCGGCGGAGAGCCAGUUCGUCCCUCUGCAGAAGGACAAGCCUCUGUUCCUCGAGACGCAGACUCAGAGCUUCUCGCAGGAGACUGCCGGAGCGGACGGAGUUCAAGAGCUCGCAGCUGAUGCGGACCCUGCCGAUGCACUUGAGGCGGAGGCUCCCGCUGACGACGAAGAGGAGGAAGAAGAGGAUGCUCCAGCUGUUAAGGUCAAUGGAUCUGCUCGCGCGCCGCCGACUCCCGACGCUUCGAAGGAGACCUCGCCUGCCCCGCCUGCCAUUGUCGAGCCGGACCAGGUGGAAGACGAGCAAUCAGCGGCCGAGGGAGUCGAAGACGAGGAAGACGACGGCCCGACCCCCAAGGCCACUUCUUUCGCGAAGGAGAACCACGGCCUCGCCGUACCCACGACGCCCGCCCGCAUUACCCGCGCGUCUUCCGCUCGCCUCGCCUCGCGCUCGCCAUCGGCCGAACCACCUCACGCUGCUUCCCAGCCGGUCAACGGCACGCCAGUUUCGCCUCGCCGCACAUACGCUGACCGCAGGAAGCCAGAGGCGGUCACGCUUGCGGCGCCCAACUCGGCCCGCAUGCCCCGCGCUGCCGUCUCAGCCUCUCAGCCCACCGCCUCGACGCCGUCAGCUUUCGCCUCUGGCAGCCGUGCAUCUCGCAUGCUUUCGCUCUCGCAGCUCGACACGGUCAAACAGCCGACUCGGCGCUCGACCCGGGCAAGCCUUGCUGCGUCGGCGAGCCAGCCGACCACAAGCCAGAGGUCGUUCAUCGCGCGUGACAGCGACGACGAAGACGACGAAGACGACGAUGCUGCGUCGAGCGACGAGGAGGCAGGGGCUGGCAAGGGGAAGGGCCAGGUUCGCAAGACGCGGGCUUCGAUGAGCCAGCCCGUUCCGGGCACGCAGGCGAACGGCAGGAGCCGUCGUUCGCGGCAGAGCGACUUGUGGCGUUGA